AAAGUAAAACUAAAUGAAGUUUUUACUCCACGCCUCCUAUAUAUAACAUGUAUUUGUUUUAAAGAUGAGUAACAUUCACGUUAAUGCACUAAACCAAGUUUUGUCUUUUUAUAUCUGAUGAUUAUUUCUAUUUUUUUAUGAGUAAAUAUUACAGUGCAUUACUGAAAUCUGUUUUUCUGUAACAUGAAUAUAUUUUUUAUUUUUUAAUCAGGAGAAAUGUUCACAUUGCAGGUUUGAUUCAGGCAGAAGCGCAACCUUUCUCGACUUAUGGUUUGACCUAAAAAAACUGCUGACUGCUGUCCUCCAAACAGUAAGGUUAUAGCUGCUUCUCAUGGUAUAGACAGAUUUGUCUUCUCGUUUAUGUUGUAGACAAAAUGUAAAUCUCUUGAGUUACUUAAGCACCUAAACACUGUAAACUUAUUAUGUUCUUUGAAAUCUUAUUCAUUAUUUUUAGUUCUCUGCAGUUGAAAUUUUCACUGCACUUUUACUAUACAUGUCUUAUAUCCUCCCUCCCUCUGUCUCUCUCUCUCGCUCACUUUGUUUCUCUCUUCCUCUGAAAGUAGUACUAAGAGUUGAACCGUGAGCCUUCACUCUUGUCAGCAACUGUGUGUGAGUAAUGAAGACGGGUCUCUUGGCGACUGCUGCAUAUUAUUGGAUGAGAGAUGUCGGGUGUAUUUUUGAUGCUUUUUGUUGUUUUCUGUCCUUUGAUUCUGUCUGAAAGUGGAGAUGAUGAUGUUCUUGAUGAUGAGGACGUGACCUGUUCAUCCAAUUUGACCAUGAACCAGAGCAGUCUCACCUGUUCUCUGAUUGGCGAACCGAUUGUGGGAGUCAAAUUAACACUCUGCUAUAGGACUGAAAAACUAAACUGUGCAAAUGCAAUUCAGGGACCACGGGACUUUACUUUUCCAAAUUUGACCAUUUUGGCAACAUAUGAGCUCCGGAUUGAACCAGGAGAAUAUGUCAAGAAAGACAUCAAGCUGACAAAAUUUGUUAAAAUACCAGCCCCUCAAAUAAAGUUUGCCAGGUAUAUAGAAGAUGCAGAGGAAAGCUUCAUAUCAAUUCAACACAAUCAUGAUUAUGUUAGAAAUCCUUUGUUUCAAGUGGAGAUCUUUAAGGAAAAUACUGAUCCUAAAAUGGAUUUUAUUACUAAACAACAGAAUAUAACUAUAAGCAGGGAUAAACUUGGUGGCGAUGGUGUUUACAAUAUUUGUGUUAGAGCAAAACCUGUGGAUUUUUUUGACGGCAUGUGGAGUGAAUGGAGUUCAAAGGCCAGUUUCACUAUUAAAACUCCUGGCAAAACAAGAAACAUUGAUCCUUCAACAGUCACUAACAUCAUCAUCACAUUCUCUGUAUUUUUGGUGUUAAUCAUCGGUCUUGGGACGUUGCGAUGGAGAACACAUAUAAAAAACUACAUGAAACCAAACAUCCCACACCCAAAAGCAACCCUUGCACAAAUACAACGAGGGAAGGAGGGUUUUCCUUUCAUUUUCAGCCCUGAGAUAUUCAGAGACACCUUCAUACACCGCGUGGAUUACGUUGAUGAAAAGCCAACCGCAGAGGAGCUUCAGGAGGGUCUGGAUGAACGCCGCUACAGUCAAGUGAGUUCCACGGAUUCUCGGUCUACAUCCGUGUGUGAAAUGGACACGAAUGCGACGGAACUGCUUCCGAGAGAGCAGUCCCACUUGAAAAUCGGAUUGUUAAGUGAAUCCGAUUUUCCUGAAGAAAGAAAAUGUGGAUCUGAGGGUGUAACGGCCCUUCAACGAGAAUGUAAAGAUGAAGCUUAUGUCACAAUGUCAAGCCUUUUCAAAACACAAUAAAGACUGGAUUAAGACAAACACAAAUCAAAGACCCUUACAGGUUGUGCUGCUCACGUGUUCGAGGUGUAACCAAGAUUGUAUAUUAUGUAAAGCAUUCAGUAACCAAAGAAGACUGUUUGAGAUGUGCUCACAGAUCAUUUCACUUUUAGACAUUACUAUUAUUUCCAGUUUGGGGCUCUGAUGCGAAUGUGUAAAUAUCAUAGCAUUUAUCAUGAUAAGAAAUACACAGACUUCUUAAGGAACAUAUAUAUUAACUCCACUGGGUGAUGGAUGAAUGUAAGCCUUCUAUAGCAGUUUCUGGUACAGCACUAAACCCAAAAUAUAAUGGACAGAAGUGGUCCCAAAGACAGUCCAUUAUUCUCAAGUCAUCACAGACCUCAAUAACAGCUGCUAGCCUUGGUGUUCAUAACCAUCUAUCUGUCUGUCUGUCUAGCAUCUAUCUGUAGCAAUCUGAAUAUUGUGUAAAGUGGGAUAAUGUUUGUCUUACGUAAACAGACGUAUACUAUGUGUAUCAGGAAUGUUAAUUAACAGACUUAAGUAAUCAAAUUAUUUAAUAUUUUGUAUGAAUAAUUCUACUAUAUAACAUCAGUAUAAGCCCUUCAAACUUGCUUGAAAGUAUAAUUCAUUUGUACGAUCUAAAUUCUGUUUAGUACGUAUGUGACUUUUAACUUGCAAAACAUGUAUAAUUAUAGCCUAUAUAAAAACAUCAGUCA